UCAGCUUCAGCUUCCAUGGAGACGAAACGCCGGCACAAUAACACCGGAAAACCGGAAGAAAGACAUUCAUUCAUCCAACGCGCCGGUCUCAUCCUUCCAUACCUCCUCCCUUCCGACCUGGCGUCCAUUUCGUCCGCCUGCAAAACCCUCAGAGAUAUCUCUCAAUCCAUCACUUCCAGAAGAUCUUCCGACGCUGCUAGAAGCCUCGACAACAGCCCCGUCCCAUUCGUCAAUGAAAUUGACCACCAGCCUUAUUCCUACUUCAUCUACACCCCAGUUCAAACUAUAUCUUCUUCGUCUUCUUCAUCGAAUUCCGACCUUCAGGUCCAGCCUUGGGGUUACGAUCCGGAUACCAGACCCGACCUCACUAAUCUUUCUUUUCCCGACCCGUUUCUUUUCCGGGUUCAGGGUGCUGCGGGCUGUGCUUGUGGAGGAAUAUGUGAGAGGGUUUCGGGGUGCCCCUGUUUUGGUGACCAGGAAACGGUGGACAGGGAGUGUGGCCCCAGUUGCGAGUGCGGUCCCGGUUGUGGGAACAGGAUUACUCAAAGAGGGGUAAUGGUGAAGCUGAAGAUUGUUAGAGAACGGAGGAAGGGUUGGUGUUUGUGUGCUGCGGAAUUCAUUCCCAAAGGACAAUUCGUCUGUGAACUUUUGUCUACUAAAGAAGCACAGUCAAGGCAGCAAAUGUACGACGAUCUUGCAAUAAAUGGCCAGUUGUCUCCUGCUCUUCUAGUUGUAAAGGAACAUCUCCCAUCUAGAGAUGUGUGUAUGAGGACGAAUAUAGAUGCUACUAGAGUUGGGAAUGUAGCCCGAUUUAUGAACCAUUCCUGUGAUGGUGGCAAUAUGAAUACAACAAUAGUCCAUAGCUCUGGAUCCUUAGUGCCUCGCAUCUGCCUUUUUGCUUCUAGAGAUAUUCAUAACCACGAAGAGCUUACCUUUAGCUAUGGAGAUAACAGGCUCAGGAAGCAAGGAUUGCCUUGUUUCUGUGGUAGUUCUUGUUGUCAAGGCUUCCUGCCAUCAGAGAGAACAUGAGUAUGGACGGGUAAAGAACUGGUUUCCGUAGCUGUCAGCAUCUCCCUAAUUGGUUUACUUAGCCAUCAAGCUUAAGAAGCACCAGCAUCCACUUAUUUCUAGGGAUAUCCUGCGCUAAGUGUAUCCCUGAUUUAGGUAAAUUUUCUAUAUUCAAAAAUUUUGUUUAUCAACAAUUUGGUACUCAUUGGCAAUACUUGUGCGCAUUUCAUCAGCUCUGAAUUUGAUGAUACGAAGUUUAUGGGACGUACUAGUCCUUGUGUUAUGCAUAUGGAGAUGGUUUAUUCAUUUAACUUCCAUUUGAUAUCAAGUUCCAUACUUCCAUUUUAUUUUAUUUUUAGUUAUCAAUCAAGUUUCCUUUCCAGUUUUAGUUGUUUAUCACACAUGCUCAUUAUCCUAGAUUACCUUUUACGAUUUUAAGAUCACCAUUAUGUAGUCAUCUAUUUGUCUGACCAUAAGGGGAGUUAAUAAGUCUGAUUUUUGGAUUGUUUCCCAGCCUCAUCUUUUACCACAUGAACAUGAUAAUGCAACACACAACUCCGCCUAUUUUGGGAGGUAUUGAUAUUAAAUAGGGGCGAUAUUGUAAGCAUUUUGUUUAUGCUAGUCUGUACAUAGAUAACAUCUGGACUAUUGAGCUUUCUCAACUCUGAUUGUUCAUGUGUGUGACAUGGUUGCAGAACCACCACUUGGAUUGUUUUCCAUUUGACUGAUUGAGAUUGCCGCUUGCAAGAUCACAAACUUUGCUCCCAGUUCAUUGUAUUCAUUGCUGCCAUUUCAAUUUGUGCAUUGUGUUUCCAAGGUAAUGUUAGAGAUGUAUUUUGUAUGGGCAAGCUGCGUAGAGAACAUGUAACAUCGUUCGUCAUCCUCAGUUCUAAUCAUUCAUAUUUCACUUGGGAUAUUUGAAUAAGAUUUCUGUGGAUGAGUAGUUUUUUCUUAGAGAUACACUUUUACUGCCUUGUUUAUUUCCAAAAGUUUUUGUGCCCUUUAAGAGGCCAUGGUUUUGCAAUAUGUAUCUUUCAAAUCAAACCUGUUGAAUAUCUUUUCAGAACAACAUUAGAAUCGAAUUAACUUUCAAGCGGAUUUCCAAAUUACAAAAUGGAAUAAACAUGUAGCCGUAGACUGCCUUUGAUGGCUAAUGUGUUGGAUGUGGUGUAUUUGAGCAAGAUAAAGGUAAAAUUACCGAGGUAAAGAAGAAAAGUUCCUAAUGCAUUGGCUUGCACCCUGAAGCAAGAUGAGGAUCUUAGAAUACUCUUGCAUACACUCUAAUUACAUAGAGUUUAUUAAUUUCAACGCCCUUUUAGACUGGUACCUUUUCUAAAAGUGGACAAGAAAAAAGGGUAAAUUGGUCAGUAAUAGAGAUUUUAAUUUUUGUGGAGCAGUCUAGCGCAAGUCUGGAGGCCUGUGUGAUACACUGGAGAGUCAUCACUGAUAUGCUGGAGAGCCCUUGCCGCUAUUGGAUUUUGCUACCAUGCAUACUGAAGCUGAGAAACCUCAAGUCCGAAGGGUAUCCUCAACAGACGGUCUAUCUGCUGGAUUUCUGAGCAAACAUUUGCAGCAGAUUUCUGUCAUUGUUUUCAGUGACUCAUCUGUGCACGCAGUCGUCAUACUUCGCUAGUUAAUGCUUGGUGUAGAAAUGUAAAGUUAAGAGAAUCAGAAGCGAUUUAUAUCUUUGAUAUGUAAUGAGCAGUCACUAUAAACCAACUGCAGAAAUAUACAAAGAAUAAUUCAAUAGACUAAAAUGUCCAAAUAGUCUCUUACAUUUGGGCCUACUUGAAUUUACGUCCCUUACAUUAAUAUUUCAAUAUCGUAGUCCUAAACAUUAUGUUUUCACACUUUUUUUGUCCCAUUUCACUGUUUCCAG